AAGUUAUGCUUACCUUGAUAAUAUGCCAAGUUGUGGAUUCUAUCUAUUUUUUCGAUGAUGAAACGAGAAGAAGCGAAAUUAUAGAUAGUACGGACUUUUUCAAAGAAAUUGAAAACGAUGUAAAAGGUGGAAAACGAACGGAUAUAAUGUCUGGCAGCGGCAAAUUAACCUUCGGAGACACUUGGUGCGAUCUUGUGUUAGCAACGGCUGACAACACUAUAACAGCAACUCUUGACAAGAAGAAUGGAUGCAACCCGCCGUCGCUAAAAAUGCUUUUAGAUAAUCAUUUCUCACCCAAUAAUUUUCAAACUGCAACCAAGAUUUUAGAUGGGGAUGUAUUUGGGGUAGGUAAAAAAUUUAAUUCUCGAUCAAUAAAACAAAAGAAAAAAUUACAGGAAAACGGACGGAUGGACGGACGAACUUAAAGUAUAGGAAAUAAAAACGGCGAACAAAUAUGCAAAUUCUGUCUAUUAUUUCGAGGGGGGGCAAUGACUUGGAUGGAGGAUCCUAGAGUAUUUAAUGCUCAUUUUGAGUUGCGCAGACUCAAUUAAAGUCUUCGCUCUGCUAGGCAACGCCCUGCAACAUCCAACAGCCCCCAUUGUCCGCACAUGGCUGGGGUUAAGCCUGGGCUAUGGUAAAAUUUUCUCAUCCAUAUUAAAUUGCCGCCAAAGAAAGUGAAACAAGUCAUAACCACUAAGUAACUGCGCCAUGGGUGUUAUUUAAUGUUUACACGGGCUUUUUUUCCAGGUUGAAAGUAUCAAGAUUGACAAAACCAAUAGAUUUGUGGAAAUCAAGACAAAAGUUCGCAAUAAUUUGCCCAUUCUACUUUUUGAAAUCUUGUCUUUGGGUGGACCUGCAUAUGCACCAACAACGAUGGAAAUUUCAUGGGAUUCUAGAGAGGCCAUGACUCUUCAUGGUUUGGAAAUUAAAUUGGAGGGCAUAGCCACAAUUGGACCUCAUAAUCCGCAGGUAAGAAGAUAAAGAUAUAACAUUGUGACCAAUCAAAAUAAUGUAUUAUUUUCUCAUGGCUGCUUUGUAUAUUUCUCUCUUUCAAUUGUUCCAAAGCACUGAAAAUUAUAAAUUGAUCGUUGUACCAAGUCACCACAAGAUGACCCCUUCACUCAUUAGAGAUACUAUCAUCUCAUUUCUUUAUUUAAAAAAGAUCACCUCUGAGAAAACCUUCGAUAAUUGUGUUAACCAAACCAGUUUCGUAACAGUUUUCUCCCAUAUUAUAGAGAAUGAAAAAAUCUCACAUAGAAUUCACUUUUUUGUUAAGUUAUAAUGUUUUAUUUUUCGCCAAUAAGUGUCUCUAUCACUGCAUAAAAAUUGAUGUUAUCCAACCAAAGAACCUGCAAUAUCACUAAAUCAUGAGAUUUUUAUCCAGUGAUGCAUACCAACGGAAUCAGUACGUAACAAGCAGGGCCGGUAUAGCCAAGGUAUAGCCCUACAUUUAAACGCAAACUCUCAAAGACAAGUUUGUCAGAAAAGGUGCCCAAAGAUUUAGAAAUUAAUAAAUUGGGCUACCGAACGAUACCAAGCAUAACUCCACUAGGUCUUGUCCUCAGUCAUCAAUCGCAGUACAAAUUUUGAGAAGCCACAAGUCGACAGAAAAUGGGAUAUUUCUAAAAUGGGCCUUUGGUGGUUAAUAUAUAAAUAAAGAUGAUAUACAAGUUAGCAAGACAAUUAAUAUUUUUCAAUGUAUGAUGUGCCAUUGGCGAAUUCCGUAAAUAUCAAAAGUGCAAAACCUCAAAUAAAGUAUGCAGUAACACAAAAAUAAAUUUAUGGAUAUCUGCUUAAAGAUAUUAAAUCUUUCAGUGACACUAUAGACAUAUGGCCAUACUUAUUAAGGUGCCAAUUAAAUAAAAAGUUAAAAACAACAUCUUUUUAAUAAAAUGUAAUUUCUGUGCAUUUUUGAUUGGAACUUUGAACCAGAUAGAUAAUUUCAGAUACUAUUAAACAGGGGACUAAACUUACAAAAACGAAAAAAAAUGGUGUGAAUGAGCGUAAACCUAGGAAAGUAUUAAUAACCUAGGCGUAAAUUAGUUUUUGUAGCAAAGAGCAUAAGGUUUAUGAAAUACUAUAACGUACGUAC